AUGAACUCUCUACCAUCGACGGCGAAUUCCGACAACGGCCGCCACGAAAACGGCGAGACGAGCACCGGAAACGGUGUAAAUCGAGAUCUGAUCCUACACUUCUUAGACAAGGUCCGUCUCUCAGCUACUAAACGAGGCGAUUCCAAGGAAGAAGACGAAGGCGAGGAAUCGCCGACGGAGCUCAAUACGGUUAACAGCGCAGGCGGGUUUCUGAUUGUCUCUCCCGAUAAGCUUUCCGUCAAGUACACGAACACGAAUCUACACGGCCACGACGUCGGAGUUGUUCAGGCUAAUAGACCUGCUCCGUUCAAGUGUCUUACUUACUACUUUGAGAUUUUUGUGAAAGACGCUGGCACUAAAGGGCAAGUCGCCAUUGGUUUCACUAAGGAGAGCUUCAAAAUGCGGAGACAGCCCGGGUGGGAAGUGAACAGCUGUGGGUAUCAUGGGGAUGAUGGAUAUCUAUAUCGAGGAAAAGGAACCGGUGAAGCCUUUGGUCCAACUUAUACUAAAGGUGAUACAGUUGGCGGUGGUAUAAACUACGCUUCACAGGAGUUCUUUUUCACUAAAAACGGAGCACUUGUGGGGAAAAUCCCUAAGGACAUAAAGGGUCAUCUAUUCCCCACUGUAGCUGUACAUAGCCAAAAUGAGGAGGUUUCUGUUAAUUUUGGGAAGGAGAAGUUUGCUUUCGAUGUUAAGGGGUAUGAAGCAUCAGAGAGGAAUAAACAACAAAUGGCUAUUGAAAAAAUAUCCAUUCCUCCAAAUCUCGGUUAUGGGCUUGUAAAGACCUACUUGCUACACUAUGGAUAUGAGGAGACACUAAAUGCUUUCGACCUUGCUACUAAAACUACAAUUCCUCCAAUCCAUAUAGAUCAAGAGAUUGCUAUUGACGAGAAUGAUUCAACUUAUGCUUUGCAUCAGAGAAAGACUCUUAGACAGCUUGUCAGGAAUGGUGAGAUUGAUGCUGCUCUGGCUAAACUCCGGGAUUGGUAUCCCCAAAUUGUACAGGACGAUAAAUCGGUGGUUUGUUUCCUCCUUCACUGUCAAAAGUUCAUUGAAUUAGUACGGGUUGGAAAACUCGAAGAAGGUGUUAAGUAUGGCAGACUCGAGUUAGCCAAGUUUGUUGGUUUAACCGGGUUUCAAGAUAUAGUCGAGGACUGCUUUGCUUUACUCGUGUAUGAAAAGCCCGAGGAAUCAUCUGUUGGUUACUUCUUGGAAGAUUCACAGAGGGAACUUGUGGCUGAUGCAGUGAAUGCAGCGAUUCUAUCAACAAAUCCAAAUAAGAAAGGUGUGCAGAGAAGCUGUCACUUGCAUUCCCAUCUGGAGAAAUUGCUUAGACAGCUAACCGUGUGCUGUCUGGAAAGGAGGUCACUGAAUGGAGACCAAGGCGAAACGUUCCGGCUUCACCAUGUUCUUAACAACUACAGCACAAGAAGAUGA